UGCGGAACCAGUUUUGUAUUAGCAUCGGUUCUGCGCAGACGCAUAGUGAAAUAACAAGUUUUAAAUCAAUCAAGAAAUAUGGGUUCAACUACAAUCGUGCUGUGUGUCGUAGCUGUGGUGCUGAUGGUGUCUUACACUGAGGCUGCUGGCAACUGCCCCCUGCCCUCCAAGGUGUACGGCUGCAGCCCCAAGUGCGUGCAGGACUACGAGUGCACCGGCGGUAAGGUGUGCUGCUCCAACGCCUGCAACGCUAAGUCCUGCACGCAGCCGGCCGCUAACGGCGCCGGGUCGCACAGCUCUAACAAGUACCAGUCUGGGGGAGCUGGUCAGUACUGUGACAACGUGAAGUGUAACUCUUUCGAAGUCUGCAAGAUGGAUCCCGCCACCAAGAGGAUGAAGUGCAGCCGCCCUUGAACAAUAAUCUUCGUUUACAUUUUUGUAUAAGUUUUAUAAUAUUAUUAUUGUGUCGGUUUAAUGUUAUAGAAAUUAAAUUGUUCUAAAUUAUAUGUUGUUU